ACUUUUUAAAUUUGCGGUUUUACAAGUUACUCACUUUCUACUCACUUUUGAUAAAAUCAAAAGUUACUCUAAAGUGAGUGAAGGCAGAUUACUCUAUUUUGAGCUGUUCCACUUUGUACCAAAGUGAGUCGAAAACGACUCACUUUAGAGUAGUUUUCAACGAGCGUGGCAAGCAAUGUUAUCUGAAGUACUUGUCAAAUUUGACAGCUGUUGGUCCUGUUGUUUUCUAAUUCCCCGUAGGAGAGAAAGAGAGCAACUUCUUGAUGACGUCACCGUGCAUUGGAGUAUUAAGCUACAACAUUGUCAAAAUUAAAUUCGAAGCAUUUAUACUUUGAACAAUCCUAAUUAAUAUAAAAAUGAAAGUGUGUACCAUUAAUAAAAGUGUGUACCAUUAAUAAACAUUGAUUUAGUGCUUAAAUAUUGUUGUUACGACCUACAAAAGGAUGGACUAUGCAAUUUUGACCUAAUGACACCCCCACUGACGUCAUCAACCUGUUUCUAUAUGAAAACAAACAUUGAUACUACUACACAAAUACAAUACAGACAAGGGAGAAACAGCCAAUUCUUGGAUUGAGCCAUUGAGCGUAUGCUUCAAUGUCUGUGGGUCAAAGUCAACAGCGUUGUAUUCCAGUUCCAGUAGUUUGAUUUAGCCCGUGGAUGAAGCAACAACAGAGAGGAACAUGUGCUCCGCAAGCAAUAUACUGAAGUCUCACAUUAAAUUAAUGAGCAGCGUGGCAAGCGGUAAGGCUCGACCUUUCAAAGAUCUUCCGGGACCCAGACGAUUCCAAUUGCUCGGAACAAUCAAUGAUGUGAUCCAUUUAGGAAAUCCUAAAACGCUACACUUAACUGUGUCCAAACAUCACAUAAAACAUGGACCAGUAUUCAAAAUUAAAAUAGCUAACGUAAAUGCAGUUUUCUUAAAAGAUCCUGAAAUGAUGAGAAGUGUUUUUGCAUAUGAAGGAAAAUUUCCAAAACAUCCUUUGCCACAGGUCUGGACUUAUUACAACGAAAAGCAUAAAUGCGAACGAGGCCUAUUUUUUAUGGACGAUGAAGAAUGGUUGCAUUAUCGUAAAUUACUUAAUCAACCAUUACUGCGUAAUGUCAGUUGGAUGUUUGAACCCAUAAAACGAGUGUGCGACAACACAAUCAAGAAUUUACCAGACAACGGAAGCAAUUGUGAUAAUAAUAACAAACGGUUCGAAGUGAUAAACGUCGAAUCAUUUUUGUACAAAUGGUCUAUUGAAGCUGCGUCAUUUCUCGAAAUAGGUCAACUAUCUUCGAAAAGUAGUCAUCGUGGCCCAAAACGAUAUUGCCUCCUACACGUUCCGGGACAACGCAUUUCCGAUGGAUCAACUAUAAAAGUCGUCGAAGAAGCAGAAGACUUUCUCUUUUAUCUUGUAAUUUCGUAA